AUGACUGUUAAUGUCGUAUCGAAUAACGGGUCCUCUGGAAUUCCUCCGUUAGUCUUCAUCGGUGGUGGAAAUAUGGCAUCCGCUUUAAUUAAAGGUUGUGAGAAAAAAAAUUUCGUGUCAAAAAAUAAUAUUGUUGUGAGCGUUCAAACGGAAAAAUCAGCAGAGAAAUGGAGAAAGCAAGGAUAUGAGAAUGUCUUCACGAAUACCUUGGAAAUGCUCGAAAAAUACCCAACGGCAGUGUACAUCAUAUGCGUGAAACCACAGGUCUUCGAAGAAGUUGUUUCGAGCUGGCCUGUGAAUUCAAGACCGAAAUUCAUACUGUCUGUCAUGGCUGGAGUUCCGCUUAAGACGCUAAGUGCGAAACUUCCAUUUGUUUCCGGAAAUACCACAAUCAUUCGUUUGAUGCCAAAUGUUGCCAGUUCCAUCGGAGCUGGGGCUUCAACAAUGUGCUAUGAGAGAAGCAGCACAAUCGAAAACCAAGAAAUCUAUAUAAAAUAUGCUCGCGAGUUCGCUGAGUGUGUUGGAACCGUCGAGAUUAUUCCGGAACGUUGCUUCAAUCCGGCUAUGGCUAUUGGUGGAAGCAGCCCUGCAUGGACAUUUAUGUACAUCGAAUCGCUCGCUGAUGGAGCCGUAGCUCAAGGUUUGGGAAGAUCCGAAGCGAAAAGACUGGCUGCUCAGGCUGUACUGGGAGCUGCUCAAAUGGUGCUCGACUCUGAAUCAGGGUUCGACAUUGAGACUCAACACUUCGGAUUUCUCAAAGACAAGGUUUGCUCUCCUGGAGGCACAACAAUCGAAGGUGUACGGACACUCGAGAAAAACGGUUUCCGUUCUGCCGUUAUGGAAGCUGUUAUCGCCGCAUCGUCUAAGGCCGAUGAUAUGGCGAAGGCGACAGCUAAGUGA